CACUGAACAAGCGGGACAGUAGCAGCCGCCGCCACCAGGAGCGUCGGCCAGUGCGUGGGGACCAUGCUGCGGCCUUGAGCACACACGAAGAGGACACCCAGGAUGGAGUUGAGCUUGGAGAGCCUCGGGGGGCUGCACGGGGUGACACACGCGCAAGCCGGCGAGCUGCUGAGCCCGGGCCACGCGCGCUCCGCCGCGGCCCAACACCGAAGCCUAGUGGCAUCGGGGCGCCCAGGCCUGGUGGCCGGCAUGGCUAGCCUGCUGGACGGUGGUGGCGCCGGGGGCGGGGGCGCCGGGGGCGCGGGGGCUGCAGGGGCCGCGGGUGGUGGCCCUGACUUCCGUGGGGAGCUGGCUGGCCCCCUGCACCCGGCCAUGGGUAUGGCGUGCGAGGCCCCAGGUUUGGGUGGCACCUACACCACGCUCACGCCCUUGCAGCACCUGCCGCCGCUGGCCGCCGUGGCCGAUAAGUUCCACCAGCACGCGGUGGCUGGGGCGCACGGAGGCCAUCCACACGCUCACCCUCACCCGGCCACCGCGCCGCCACCGCCCCCUCCGCAGCGCCUGGCGGCCAGCGUGAGCGGCAGCUUCACCCUCAUGCGCGACGAGCGGGCGGCGCUGGCCUCGGUGGGCCACCUCUACGGGCCUUAUGGCAAGGAGCUGCCCACCAUGGGGUCGCCACUGUCGCCGCUGCCCAGCGCGCUGCCCCCCGCUCUGCACAGCGCCCCGCAGCCGCCGCCGCCGCCACCGCUCGCCGCUUACGGGGCUCCGGGCCACCUGGCCGGGGACAAACUACUGCCACCUGCCGCCUUCGAGCCACACGCGGCGCUUCUGGGGCGCGCAGAGGACGCGCUGGCCCGAGGGCUGCCUGGAGGCGGCGGCGGCGCGGGAGGCGGCGGGGCGGCCGGCGGGGCGGCCGCGGGUUUGCUGGCUCCGCUGGGCGGGCUGGCUGCGGCCGGGGCGCACGGGCCUCACUCAGGCGGCGGUGGCCCCGGAGGGGGCGGUGGCGCUGGCGGCGGCAGCGGCGGCCCGGGAGCCGGCGCUGCAGCCGAAGAGAUCAACACCAAAGAGGUGGCCCAGCGCAUCACCGCCGAGCUGAAGCGCUACAGCAUCCCGCAGGCCAUCUUCGCGCAGCGCAUCCUGUGCCGCUCGCAGGGCACGCUCUCCGACCUGCUGCGCAACCCGAAGCCCUGGAGCAAGCUCAAAUCCGGCCGCGAGACCUUCCGCAGGAUGUGGAAGUGGCUGCAGGAGCCGGAGUUCCAGCGCAUGUCGGCGCUGCGCCUGGCAGCCUGCAAGCGUAAAGAGCAGGAUCAGCAGAAGGAGAGGGCUCUGCAGCCGAAGAAGCAACGCCUCGUGUUCACAGACCUGCAGCGCCGCACGCUGAUUGCCAUCUUCAAGGAGAACAAGCGGCCGUCCAAGGAGAUGCAAGCCACCAUCUCGCAGCAGCUGGGCCUGGAGCUCAACACUGUCAGCAACUUCUUCAUGAACGCCCGUCGCCGCUGCAUGAACCGCUGGGCUGAGGAGCCGGGUGCCACCCCUGGCACCGGGACAGCUACUGCCACCUUCUCCAAGGCCUGAGCCUUUCCGCAGCACACACGCUAGCCCCAGGGAGCGAGGGGCCGUCCCUGAACCAGCCAAAGCAAGCCCUACCCCCACCCCCAGGGGACAGGGACCCCUAGCCCCCUCCCGCUCAAUUUUGGACUCCAAAGGGACCCUGAGGGUAGAGUGGGUCAAGAAUCAAGCACAUCUUACAAACAGAACCCGGGUAUUUAAAAAAUGAUUUUAAUAGAGAACCCUUCUUUCCAGAUCCCAGCCCUCCUCAAAAGCAGGAGGCAGACAUCUGCCUGUCUUCCCCCACUUUCUCCACCAGGCCAGGUCUCUGUUUCCUUGUCCCCUCCCCAAAAACUGAGACCCAUCCCAAGUGGCCAAAACAAGCUGGAUCCUUACAGCAUCCCCAUGCCCAAUCCUGCCCUCCGAGCCGCGGCCCCACCCCCACGCCCACUCCGCAGGAUGGCCCCUCACAGCAGCCAAGACCCACCCCAGCCGCCACCCCGACCCCAGCGGCCUGGAUAGCCUGUGCCAACAAUCCCCUGCCUUAACGCCGGGGAGGGAAGCUGUGGGGAGCCCCCUGUCUCCAAGGAGACAGUGGCAAAUGUGAGAUGAGGGCUGCCCUGUGGAUGCCUCCAUCCCAGCACCCCUGGCUGAGUUCACUAUAAGCACCUUGCUAUGUGAAGAAUGCUACACAGGGAACAAGGUCACCAGAGAGCAAAGAUGACACCCCAGAUCUCAGGAGAGGGACAUCAGAUUCUCCCAGAUCUGGGGGAGCCAUGAAGGCACCAUCGGUGUCCCUUGGAUGCAAAGUUCUGGAAAUCUCUGGAAUUCAUCACCCAUUUUUCAAUUGAUUGGGGUGCAAACCUGAGCGCCCCUUCAGAGGACAUUCAGGGGUGAGCCUUGCAUUGGUGACACCUCUCUCAGAAGAGAGACGAUGAAGCUGAAAACUGCUUGCUCCAUUGUUUUGCCAAAAAAAAAAAUGUACAAUGGGGAAAGGUCAGACACGACGGGGUCACCCCUCUGCUCAGCCCUCCAGUCUGGGUGACAUUUCAAGACUGGCCUGGCAGCCAUGUCCCAGGAGGCUGCCUCUUCCCCUCCCCCUCUGGGGUUCAAGAUCCUGGGAAUCCCUCUCCAUUGAACCCUACUCCCAUGGCUGCCUCCCAGAGAGGCCCCCCCACUCCCAAUUUCCCUAGAGAAUGCAAGAGAACUUUCUAGUGAGAAAAAGAAAAAGGAACCUUCCCCAUCCUGUAAAGGCUACCUCAUUGAGCCCACGCUGUGAUUCGAAAGAUCACGUUUGAUACCAAAGAUUUCCCCACCCCUAAGGGUUUGUGCUGGAAGCCAGGGUGUCCCCACUUUCACCCCAUGGCUGUCCCCCACCCUAGAGAGAGAGAGAGAGAGAGAGAGAGAGAGAGAGAGAGAGAGACAGGAGGACAGCGAGGUCGGCGAGUGCCUUUUUACUGAACCAAAGAUGUGUGUAGAGUGUCCUCUGUCCUCAGUGAUUUGCUGCUCUCCCACAGGAGCAGCCAGGAUGGAUGCUUCUAGAACCUUCGGGUGUGAGGCAGAAUGCUCAGAGUGAAAAGAGUCCCCUGUUCCCACUCAUCAAGUGACAGGUCUCCCCAGACACACCCAUGCUGGCAGAUACAUACAAGCUCACACGCAUACAUGCACACACUCACACAUGCACACACAUAUGUGCACAGCUGGAGAGAUGGCUCAGUGGUUAAGAGCACAGGCUGGUCUUGUUGAGGACCCAGUUUGGGUCCUCAGCACCCACAUGGAGACUCACAACCACCCAUAACUCCAGUGCCAGAGGACUAAAUGACCUCUUCUGGCCCUCCUAGGUGCCCACACUCACAUGCACACACAUAUAUGAUUAAAAAUACAUUUUGCUUUUGUUUUUUGUUUGUUUGUUUGUUUGUUUGUUUUUCAAGACAGGGUUUUUCUGUGUAGUCUUGGCUGUCCUGGAACUCAUUCUGUAGACCAGGCUGGCCCUGAACUCAGAGAUCUCCUGCCUCUGCCUCCUGAGUGCUGGGACUAAAGGCGUGUGCCACCACUACCCAGCUAAGAAAAUUUAAAAAGUGUAAAACACAUGCAGUAUACACACACAGCCACAGGCACAAACACACAGCCACACAUAGACAUGCACACACAGGCACACACACGCACACAGAGGCACACACUCACAGGCAUAUACACACAGAGGCACAGACACACAGGCACACACACGCACACAGAGGCACACACUCACAGGCAUAUACACACAGAGGCACAGACACACAGGCACACACACGCACACAGAGUGCUCCCCCUUUCCCUUAUAUUCCUGAUUCCUAGCUCCAAAGCCACCCUGCCCACCCUGUACCCAGCAGGUGCAGUGACAUGUCCUAUGAGCCAGCAGACUAAGACUCACAACAUGAGCACUGAAAAAAUGAAGUUUGACAUGGUGACAUGGUGACCUUAAUCCCAGCCCUCAGGAGGCAGAGGCUGGCAGAUGGAUCUUUGUGAGUUCACAUAGUGAGGGCCUGCCUCAAAAGUUCUAUGACUCAAUGACAAGUUAGAAUCUACACACACAAACACAUAUGCCUCACUUGUGAGAUAGGGCCUCUGUCUGUAGCUAAGGCUAGCCUCUAGCUUGAGAUCCUUCUGCCUCAGUCUUCCGAGAGCUGGGAUCACAAGCAUGCAUCAUCAAACCGUUCUUUCUCCUUGUCUUUUUCUUUUCUCCUUUUGUUUCUUUUUCUUUUGCUUAUGGAGGUUAUGGGGAUACAGCCUAGGACCUAGCACAGGCUGGGCAAGUAUCACCCCUGACCACGCCUCCAGCCCCUCCUGGAGGAUUCUAGGCUGGGCUCCAUUUCUGAGUCACCAAUAAAAGCUUUUCAAAUUACACACACACACACACACACACACACACACGCGCGCGUGCACACACACACACACACGCACACAUGCACGCACGCACACACACAGAUAUCAGUGCCCCUCUAAGCCCAGGUGGACCCCCAUCCCUCCAUCUGCCCUUCUGGUCCUUACCCACCAAAGAUCUUUCCUACACAGGGAACCCAUAGUCCAGCACAAUUCCUUCUAGCCUUUGACAAUUCUCUCUGAAAUACCUCAAAAUAUUUAAUGUAUAGUUUAUGUGCUUAAAAAAAA